GGACUAUGUUCUCAUCCUCUCGUGGGUAUGUUGGAAAUGUCUUCUCGGAUGAGCGUUUCCGUCAAGAUUGCCAGUGUCUCAUUGAUAUAUCUACAGUUAAAUGCCGUCGUCGCUGUGGUCUGCAUCGGUAUGCAGAUACAUUAUGGACUGGGAACCCACGGGGAGAUGCUGUCGGAUCAUCAGAUUGAGCGCCUAUCAUUCAAUAUCUACAUCAGCAUCAUCACCUACAGCGCUUCCCUCGGACUCACCAAGCUAGCUGUUCUCAUGCAGUACCGACGCGUGUUCCAAACGCCGCGCUUUCAAUUCUGGAACUAUAUCUUCAUCGGCGUCAUCAUGAUUUACCUCAUUGCGACGGUCUUGGGAUGCAUCUUUGUGUGCUACCCUGUCCAAAGAUUCUGGAAAACUCACAUCACGGGUAACUGCAUCGACACUUUUGCCUCGUGGUUGUCCAACGCAAUUCUCAACAUCAUCACGGACCUCAUGAUAAUUAUACUGCCAAUGCCAGUCGUACGAAACCUGCAGUUACGGCCGCGCCAAAAAUUGUUGCUGAUGGGCGUCUUCGCUUUUGGUGCUCUGUAA